UAGCUACAAUUCUAACUCCACCUCUAAGAAUAUAGGCCGCGCGAAAGCCAGGGGACAAGAAGACUGUCGCGAAGUUUCGGUCACGACCGUAAGGUCCGAUCAUGUAUCACCCUACUAGAGGCGGCGUUCGUGGCGGUCGAGAUCAAUUUAAUUGGGAUGAUGUGAAAGUUGACAAACAUCGGGAAAACUUCCUUGGCCACAGCAUCAAAGCACCUGUUGGAAGAUGGCAAAAAGGGAAAGAUCUACACUGGUAUGCACGGGAUAAAAAAUCGAGUUCGAAUGUCGAUGUUGCAAAGGAAGAGAUAAGAUUGAUCAAGGAGCAGGAGGAACAGGCAAUGAGGGAGGCUCUUGGAUUAGCUCCUAAAACUGCUGGCAGAUCUCAGGGCAAUCGUCUUGAUAAGCAUGAGUUCUCAGAACUUGUGAAGCGAGGUAGCACUGCAGAAGACUUGGGUGCGGGCCACGCUGAAGCUGCAAGGGUUCAGGGUCUUGGUUUUUUGAGAGCUCCACAUGCCUGGGAAGAAUCCAAGUCUCUUCCGCCUGAUCAAACGGGCACCUCUGCUGGUUCGGAGAAAACAGACGUCCCUGACCUGCCUGCUAGGAAUGCAGAAGAAGAGGAAGUGGAGGAUGAAAAGAACAGCAAGAAAAGGAGGCGUGAAGAGAGGCGCGGGGAGAGGCAUGAAGAGAGACACGAGAGGCGUGGGGAGAGGCGUGAAGAGAGGCGUGAAGAGAAGCGGGAGAGGCAUGAAGAGAGGCGUGAAGAGAAGCGGGAGAGGCAUGAAGAGAGGCGUGAAGAGAAGCGGGAGAGUCAUGAAGAGAGGCGUGAAGAGAAGCGGGAGAGGCACGAAGAGAGGCGUGAAGAGAAGCGUGAAAGGCGUGAGAGACAUGAAAAGUACGAGAAGAAACAUUCUCAGGAUUCCAGGAAGAAACGGAGUAGUAGAGACAAAGAGAGGGGAAGACACGACUCUGAUUGAACACGAGAAUCACGGUGUUCGAAAUGCCAUAUACUCUGUAACUUGACUCGAGAUGGGACCUCAUCCAUUACUAGACAUUCAUCGAGUGUGCCAACUGAUCAUUUUCUCUGCCUUCUCAUUCCAUGUAUUAAAAGUAAUUCUUUAAGUUCAAA